CUUCAACAAUAAUAUUAAUUUCUUCUAUAACACCUUAUCUUUCAUUAUGGCACCUCAUGGAGAUUCUUUUCCUAGCUCAUUCACUAGAAACAACAACAUAGUAUGCUCCAAACCACCAAAACCUUCACCUAAUCAAAACAACAAUAAUAUUCAAAGGACAAUCUCCGACAUAUCGUUCGAGCUAUCGAAAGAAGGUAUGGAUAAUUUAACACUUCCACCAAUAACUGAAGUUGAAGAUGCAAAGUGUGAGUGUUGUGGCAUGUCGGAAGAGUUCACAGUUGAGUACAUAAAACGUGUGCGUGACAAGUUCUUAGGGAAAUGGGUUUGUGGUUUAUGUUCUGAGGCAGUGAAAGAAGAGUUUGAGAAAAAUGGAGGGAAAAAUAAUAUUGAAGAAGCUUUGAGUUCACACAUGAGUGCAUGUGUUAGGUUUAACAAAUUUGGAAGGAGUUUCCCUGUUUUGUUUCAAGCUGAAGCUAUGAAAGAGAUGUUGAAAAAGAGUAAAAUGGAAGGGAGAAGGGCUAACUCAUUUAACCCUAGAGACAAAGGUGGUGAAAAGAAAGGUGGACUUGCUAGAAGUUCAAGUUGCAUUCCUGCUAUUACAAGAGAUAUCAAUGAUUUCACCAUUGCAAAUUAAUCUAAACUUCUUAUUUUACAUAUGAGAUCUUAAUCUAUGGAGCUCUACAACAAUUGCAUGGUAUACGCAUCAACUGCGGAAACCGUUAAUUUAAAGAAAUAAAUUUUAUUUUACUAUCUAACGGUCUAAGCAGCUUUUGCAUUAUGCAAUUAGAGAUUCAAGUCCGAGAACUUAACCUAUUUUAAGCUUUUUUAUGGUAUAUUAAUUAAUUUUUGUGUUGUGUUGGAACAUGGUUUUGUAUUACUAAAAAAAUUUAAAUUAACGAGAGAAAUUUAGAGAAGAAGAACAUGAGAUAUCUCUCUAGUUAUACCUAUCACUAUAUAAAUUUUGUGAGAGGGAAUCAGAGAGAAAAUUUCAUUUUUUCUUAUCAAUAUUUCUAUCGAUAAUUUUAUUAUUUUUAUUAUAUCUAUUUACCUGUUCCUUUUUUUUCUACUGACUAGUGACUACCAAUUAUGUUUAUGAGACCGUCUUUGUGGGUUGAAUAACAUUAACCCUAAAGUUAUACCUUUUGAUAUAAAUCUGAGGUUUUUUCAAGGUCUCUUUUCGUAGCUAUCACUAUCAUAGUUUUUUAGAAGUUAUUUGAUCCGUGUGAGUUCUUCUUUGUCUUUCUUUUUGUUGGAGAAGGUUAUUAAUUCUUUGUAUUUAGUCAGUGGCUUUUUCAAUGUAUUUUAUGUAAUAUGCCAUAAUCGUAUAGUAGAAAUAAAAUUUGCUUAAUGCAUUCAUCUA